CCCCAUUUACCAGCACCAAAGGAUGUGAUGGUUUAUUCCUAUAACUUUCGUAGUUUGCUGAGGUGGUCUCCUGUUAAAGUGGAUGGAGGCUUGGUGUUAUAUACAGUCUGUUUUAAAACAGGCGCCUUUAACCAGUGGGAUGAGCUGAACUGCACCCGCAUCGCCCAGACCGAGUGCAGCUUUCCCUGGUCGCUGAAGGAGCGGCGCUGGACUGUUGUUCUGCGCGUCAGGGCUGAGCUGGGGCAAGUGACUUCUGACUGGGUGGAGACAGAUCCAUUUGUGGCAGAGAGAAACACUACUAUAGGGCCCCCUGAAGUGAACAGCGUGAUUGUAAGCUCCGACUCACUUCUCAUUGGUGUCACACCCCCUUUUGCAUCUGAAGCAGGUGACUCUCUCCAGUAUCGUGUGUCCUACUGGGAGAACGCAACAAGUACUGCUAAAAAAGAGACAAAGACGAGCAAUACACUAUUCAAAAUCAGAAAUCUAAAGGAAUUGACACUUUACUGUUUUAGUAUUCAAGUAGAAUUGAUGACAUAUUCACAUCUCCAGUUACUUGGACUGCAGAGUGUCCCAGAGUGUUACAGAACUGCAAUCAGUGAGGCAACCAGAGCUGGAUAUAUUAUACUAAUAUUUGUGUUGGUCUUACUUUUUGUAAAUCUGGUAACAGUUGGUUUGUUUCUUCUGUGGAGACACCACAAAACACUUAAAUAUUGGUCUCAGCCACCUUUAGGAAUCCCAUUACACUUUGAAGAGUACUUGCGAGACCCCAGCAUGCCUGUUCUAGAGGCGUUAGACAACUACGCCGAGGCCGACCCCCCCGAUUCUGUAUCUGUUGUAUUUUGUGAAGAAGGAAGCCAAGCCUGCGGCAGUGGUUUGGAUGGGCAUGCUCCGAAGUAA